UAUCACUAGAUAGAUAGAUAGAGAGAGAGAGAGAGAGAUAGAUAGAUAGAGAGAUAGAUCGAUUAGGUAUUGAUUGGUGUUCAUUGGGUUUAAUAUGUGAUGUCGUUUUGAAAUAAACAUUUAUAAUGCAAUUAGUAUGUAAAUAGUUAUAUACAGGCGCUGCGAUUGGGACUAAAAUGGGUCCUUGGUUCUUGUUGCUAAGUGCGAGGUUAAAUUAGUGUCUCUAAGAGAAGUUACAGUAAAUGUAGGUGUUUGUCAUGUUUAUAUUUAUCAAACUCAAGUGACAGUCAGCAUUUAUUGAAGCUCAAGAUGAGCUUAGAGAUAUGUCCAUUUUGUGGGAAGUCGUUCAAAAGGCUCAAAUCACAUCUGUCUUACUGCAACAUGUCCCCUGGGUCUAAAACUUCCAAAGUCACUCACAAAUCUAAAGAAAUACCGACUACUACUUUUAAACCAAAAAUGAAGACUACAAAAGUAAAUACUAAAAAUAAUGACAUUAAUUUGAAUUGCUCAACAAUUAAGGCAAACUCAAAAUCCACCAAAUCCAGAUCCAAAAAUGCUGAAAAGGUGAAUAAGGAACUUUUACAAAACAUCUCCGCACUCACAAGCACCGCUUCCAAGAUACUAUCCACAGAAGGAACGAACACAGACACAUCGAAGCCCAAAACCAAAUGGCUUGCAAAAAGAGAGCAAGAGAUGUUAAAACAAGCUAAACUUAAAACACAGACUAGAAUCAAGUUCACUUCAGUUUCUCAGCAGGAAAAAUAUAGCGGUAAAAUAUUUAAAACCCCAGUAAAAGACACACAUUUAUCAGCGAAAGAAAUUGUCAGUGGGCAGAAUCAGCUUACAGGAACUAAUUUGACUUCUCAACUAACAAUCAACGAUAUCAACUGCAGUGUGUCAGAUCCUUUACAAAGAGUUCCCUGGACCACAGGCUGUCAGGAUAAGCAAAGUAUUCCAGCGGACCAGACACAAAUUAGUCCAAAGUCUAACCAAAGUCUGACCAAAGAAUAUAAAGAACAAGGUGUGUCUACAUUUCAAACUAAGACUUGUGUGUGGGACCACAUUAAACAUGGACUUUAUAGAAGGAGAUACGACAUCGUUCCCAUGUUAUUUCCCAUAGUUUCAGCACACAAAGUAUCUUUUGCCAAGUGUGUAAACACUUUAGAGUCUGUACUCAAGCCUCAUACAGGGAAUGAUCAAAACACUACUAUGAAGACUUCCCCUGGAGAGUUUCCUAUUUUGCAAACCUCUGUCCAAAGACCAGUUGAAGACAUGCUCGGCUCACGAUUACAAAACACGUCCAUUCUGCCAUACGCGCCUGAGAUGGAAACAGGUUAUGGUGGAACAUUUUUCUGCUCACCUGAUUCAGAAAUCUCCUCAAAUGAAAAUGUAUUGAUGAAGUGCCAAACCUCCAAGCUUUCAUCACAGAGACAAGGUUUAAUGACAGAGCUGAGACUUGGAGAUGUGAGAUUGAAUGAGCUUACUUCUUGGCUUGGUGCACAAACACCAAAAUCAACCAGGGAGGCUGUGACAAUGUUUAAUAAAGGUUGGCAGUGGUAUUACAGGAAGUACAUUGAUGUGCAAAAAGGAGGAAUUGGUGGGAUUGCAAUGCUGAUUGGUAGCUACUGUAUCUUGGGGUACAUUUGGAGUUACCCCCAUAUCAAAAAAGACCGCUGGAGGAAGUACCAUUAGAGUAUUUGGUGGACAUUUUUCAACUGUACUGAUGCCAGAGUUUUGCAAUAUGUGCAUCGCAAUACUUGUACACUAGAUAUUUAUACAGUCAUUUAUUUGACAUUUUUAAUACAUAAUGAAUUUUUGUUACAAACUUAAUUAUUACUUAAGAAAUAUGUUUAAACUGUGAAAGAAACCAUUCACUGACAUCCAUCCAUGUAUUUAGGGUGAUGUCAGACAUGCCCAAAAUAAUAUUCUUUUUCUAUUUAUUUUUUAAAUGUAUGCAGAAUGUAGUGCACUUACAUACUUUAGAUAUGCUUUUGUUUUAAAAGUCAUGGUGUCUAAUUUGUUUGCAGAACUGGUGUGAAAAUUGUACAGGAAAUGUUUCGUCGUCCACCCCCCCCCCCCCCCCCUUCAAUUUAAGACGCACAUUAUUCUGUUGUUAACUAAUAAACGCUAAAUGUCAGUAUUUAAAUAGUAGAUACUUUAAACAGUUUUGGUAACAAAAGAACCAUGUACCACAUGAAGUAUCUGUUGUAUUCAAAGUGAAUUUAAUAUUGAUUGAUCUUUGUUGUUGUAGUGAGCACAAAUUAAACAUUAAUUCAA